UUACCAAUCCAUUUAAUAACAAUAUAGUAUUAUAUUCUCAGCAAAAAUAUUAUGACAAGAGAAAAUGCGAGACCUUUGGUGUGAGGUUUGGUCGAGGAAUUAAUAAGGGCAAAAGUGUCUUCAAAUGGGUAGCAUAGUUGAUAGUAAAAUGAGAGUUUUGUGUUUUUUGUUGGGAUGUUCUAUCUGUGGCGUGAAGCCAGUGAAAGGGACAGGACACAUGAUUGUUCUCGGUGUCUUUGUAAUGAUCCGAAAUAGUUGAAGAGCGUUACUAUCAGUUGUACCAUUCUUGGCUAUCCCUAGUUCCCCCAUCACCCAUCCAAAAACAAGUGCCAAAAAUCCAAAUGUAUUUUUUUGGGGCAGGCACAGCAUAACAUAACAUAGUUUGCAGCAUUUACCCCUUGGCUUGGCUGCACGUACAACUGACAUUGGCAUUUGGCAUUUGGCAGGAAGCCAUUAUGGCAUGUUCAUGCACACUGUUCGGAUAUCCAAGCACAACCAACCUACCUUCAAUUUUUGUUUGACUCCCCUUGCUGCCUUCUCUUUUUUAUGCCUCUUGUCUCUGCUACUGCUACCCUUCUUGUGUUGUGUUGUGUGGUGCCCGUUCUGUCAUUGUAAUUCAACUUGGGAAGGAGUUAAAGCUCCUUUGUGGUCGCUGAAAAGGGUAUACAUGCAAUCUUACAAACUCUCCUGCCAACAACUUGGAGUAGGAACCAUUUGGCAAGUGAAAUGAAGGAUCCAAUGGAGGAUCAAGUGAAAUGUAGGAGGGCACUGCAGAGACCCAAAGAGCUUAGAAGAAGAAGCCAAUACAAACAAGAGAAGUUACAAGAAACAAGACCUGACUCACCACAACUGGUUUCUUCUGCUUCAUGCAAAAGUCUUGUGUUUCCUGCCAGGCCUGGCUAUGGCCAGCUGGGGGCAAAGUGUCUGGUGAAAGCUAAUCACUUCCUUGCAGAUAUAUCAGCAUCUGACUUGAGCCAUUACAAUGUUAAAAUAACACCUGAAGUUACUUCUCGUAAAACAAGCAAAGCUAUCAUAGCUGAGUUGGUGAGGGUUCACAGGAACACUGACUUGGGGAUGAGGCUUCCUGUUUAUGAUGGAGGUAGAAAUCUCUACACUGCUGGCUUGCUUCCGUUUGCAUACAAAGAGUUUACCAUACUAUUGAGCCAGGAUGAUGAGGGUACUGGUACUACCAGGGAAAGAGAAUUUGAAGUAGUAAUCAAGUUUGCAGCUCGUGUUAGCAUGCAUCAAUUACGUGAGCUUCUCAGUGGGAAACAAGUGGACACUCCACAAGAGGCUCUUACUGUCAUUGACAUUGUAUUGAGGGAGCUUGCGGCUCAGAGCUACGUGUCGAUUGGGAGAUAUCUCUAUUCUCCAGAUUUAAGAAAACCAAAGCAGCUAGGUGGUGGCCUUGAAUCAUGGCGUGGGUUCUACCAAAGUAUAAGGCCAACUCAGAUGGGAUUGUCACUAAAUAUUGACAUGUCAUCAAUGGCGUUUAUUGAACCACUCCCUGUAAUUGAUUUUGUUGCUCAAAUUUUGGGAAAAGACGUGCUCUCAAAGCCAUUUUCAGAUGCAGAUCGUGUCAAGAUUAAGAAAGCCUUAAGAGGUGUGAAAGUUGAAGUUACACAUAGAGGAAGUUUUCGAAGAAAGUACAGGAUUACAGGAUUGACAUCACAGCCUACAAGGGAGCUUAAUUUCCCUGUGGAUGAGAAAAUGAACAUGAAAUCAGUAGUUGAUUACUUUCAAGAAAUGUAUGGAUAUACAAUCAUAUAUUCUCAUCUACCCUGCCUUCAAGUAGGAAGCCUAAAAAAGGUGAACUAUUUGCCUAUGGAGGCAUGCAAGAUAGUUGGGGGUCAGAGAUAUACAAAAGGGCUUAACGAAAAGCAGAUAACUUCUCUGCUAAAGGUCUCCUGCCAGAGACCACGUGAACAAGAGACAGAUAUUCUGCAGACAAUUCAACAAAAUGAUUAUGAGUAUAAUCCCUAUGCAAAGGAGUUUGGUAUCAGCAUUGACAGCAAGCUUGCAACAGUUGAGGCGCGGGUUCUUCCUCCUCCAUGGUUGAAAUAUCACGAAACUGGAAGGGAGAAAGAAUAUUUGCCACAAGUUGGUCAAUGGAACAUGAUGAACAAGAAAGUUAUAAAUGGAAGCACUGUAAAAUAUUGGGCAUGUAUCAAUUUCUCACGAAGUAUCCAAGAAAGUAUUGUUCGCGGGUUUUGCCAACAGUUAGUUCAAAUGUGCCAAAUCUCAGGCAUGGAAUUUAGUCAGGACCCUGUGAUUCCUAUAUAUUCAGCAAGACCUGAUCAGGUAAAGAAGGCCUUGAAGUAUGUACAUUCAGCUGUACUAGAUAAACUUGGUGGGAAAGAACUGGAGUUGCUGAUUGCCAUUCUUCCAGACAACAAUGGCUCUCUGUAUGGUGAUCUCAAAAGAAUCUGCGAAACAGAUCUGGGGUUGAUUUCUCAGUGCUGUCUUUCAAAACACGUAUUCAAGAUUAAUAGACAGUAUUUGGCAAAUGUGGCACUGAAGAUCAAUGUCAAGAUGGGAGGAAGGAACACAGUGCUUUUGGAUGCUCUUAGUUGGAGGAUCCCAUUGGUUAGUGACAUUCCAACAAUAAUUUUUGGAGCUGAUGUAACUCAUCCAGAAUCUGGAGAGGACCCUUGUCCUUCCAUUGCGGCUGUUGUAGCUUCUCAGGACUGGCCGGAAGUAACAACGUAUGCAGGAUUGGUAUGUGCUCAGCCUCAUCGUGAGGAACUCAUUCAAGAUCUUUUUAAAUGUUGGAAGGAUCCUCAUCAUGGUAUAGUUUAUGGUGGCAUGAUCAGAGAGCUGUUACUCUCUUUUAAGAAGGCAACUGGACAAAAACCAUUGAGGAUAAUAUUUUACAGGGAUGGGGUAAGUGAAGGACAGUUCUACCAGGUUUUGUUGUAUGAGCUUGAUGCCAUCCGUAAGGCUUGUGCAUCUUUGGAACCUAGUUACCAACCUCCGGUAACAUUUGUUGUGGUUCAAAAGCGGCAUCACACUAGACUCUUCUCAAACAAUCAUGAUGACAGAAACAGCACUGAUAAGAGUGGAAAUAUCUUACCCGGUACCGUGGUGGAUUCUAAAAUCUGUCAUCCUACGGAAUUUGACUUCUAUUUAUGCAGUCAUGCGGGAAUUCAGGGUACAAGUAGACCAGCCCAUUAUCAUGUUCUGUGGGACGAAAACAAUUUCACUGCAGAUGAGAUUCAAUCUCUGACCAACAACUUGUGCUACACCUAUGCUAGAUGUACACGGUCUGUUUCUGUAGUGCCUCCUGCGUACUAUGCUCAUUUGGCUGCUUACAGAGCUCGAUUCUACAUGGAACCUGAUGUUCUUGAGAUAGCAAAAUCUCGAGGUGCAAGACCAAAAGAUGAGUCAGUUCGGCCACUACCAGCUCUGAAAGAGAAGGUGAAGAAUGUAAUGUUUUACUGUUGAAUGAGAGAGAUUUCCAUGUAGAGAGAGAAAGAGCAGUAUAUGUAGGAAAAGGAAAUUAAAUUAAUAGAGGUGAGAAAGUCCAAUAGAUACAACGUAUCCUGUUCAUAAUUCAUAAUUCUUUGCAUGGAAAAUUUUGAUAUAGUCUAGGUUGUUUUUCAGUCUUUCUAGUACUUAGGGAAGGUAAUACCUCGUAUGUAUGUAGAAAUUAUUGGUGUGUCAGCCUUGGAACUUCAAAGCAUGUGCUGGCCCGAUCAUUAUAUAUUUUAACAUCAAGUAAAAGGUCUAAAUGGUGAAAUUGUUGAGCACUAUUGUACUAUUGUAAUACACA